UAACUUGCAAGUAGUUGCCUCGUUUGAAUUAAAAAAAGUCACCAAAAUUUUAGCUCCUCUGGCUUUUCUAACAAACGGCAGCUUGGAUUUGGAAUGGAGAGUUGGAAGCCGACAGACAUAUCCUUUCUGUAAAUCUAACUAAUUCUAAUUCUGAGGAAAUCCCUCUUCUUCUCCCAAUCCCUACACUUGUCACACAAUUUCUCCAAUUCGAUUUGGAUUUUGGAUUUUGGAUUUUGGAUUUUGGAUUUUGGAUUUUGGACCCACUCUUCCUCUCAAUUUCGGAUCCAUCAUAUAUUCAGGUACCCCUUUCCUUUCCCAGAUCUUCAUCAAUCACUUCUGGAUCCUGCUUCUUGCACUUUUAGCGUCAUGAGCAAAACCCAAUUCUGAAGAUGGUGCUGGUUUUGUAGUUUACAUUAUAAUACAAUUUUUGUGUGUUUUUAGAAGAUAUGAGUAGGUCCCCUUCGUUUUCAGUGAGAACGGAAGUGAGUCCGAGUGUUGACUCAGAAUCAUUGCAACGAUGGGUUGUUGCUUUUUGUGUUAUAAGGUUUGAUCUUGAACAAGGGCAGCUCGUAGAAGAGUGUUACCCGCAGGGUUGUCUUUCCCAUGAUGAGGAACUUGAAAUUGCUUAUAGUUCCUUUCCUGAUUCUGUUUCACAGCACCAAAACCGCUCCAGCAUUCACGACUGCAUCUUCUUUUUCCGAAUUCGCAGGCGCUGCAAUGAUGGUUUUAAAUACUUGUAUGGUUAUGUGUUUAAUAGGCAGAGACACGAUGAGAGGUUGAAGAGAGGUGGGGAGCAGAAGUCUGUGGUCAUUUUGUCUCACACUCCUUAUUCAAGUGUGUUUAGACCUUUGUUGCAAAUUGUAGGUCCUUUGUUUUUUGACAUUGGUAAGAAAGCAUUGGAGCAUAUAGCUGCUUAUGUUUCAAAAUGGCCUGUUCCUGUCCCUGGGAAGGUGAUGGAUCUUCCUAUUGGAAAUGCAGCUCUUAAAGUGAACUUGCCGCCUGCUCAUAGUUUGCCUGUUGAGACUGAGACUGGAGUAUCUUUUGAAGAGGCUGCUUCUUCUGUGGUAUCUUUUGUUCCUAAUAAUCAGAGUGUCCCGCAUGGUCUUUUUCAUGAUUCUGAUCUUUUUGGUUCGUUCCGCGGCCUUUUGCUGCAGCUUUGGCUGUUAUGGGAAUUGUUACUUAUUGGUGAACCUAUGCUCGUCAUUGCCCCAACUCCUCCCCAAUGUUGUGAGGCUGUUGCCAGUCUUGUGAGUUUGGUUGCACCAUUAUUUUGCAGUGUUGAUUUCCGGCCUUAUUUUACAAUUCAUGACCCAGUAUUUGCACACUUAAACUCAGUUCAAGAAGGAGAAGCUUUCCCCCCAAUGAUUUUAGGGGUGACAAACCUUUUUUUUCUCAAAGCUCUCCGAAACAUUCCACAUGUUAUCUCAGUUGGAAACCCUCCUCCUAAUUCAAAUAGGGUUCCCCUUUCAACUAGGUCUUCUACUGGCAGAGUUUCUGGUAGAGUGGAAGGUCUUGGGUUUCAACAACUUUCCCUAAAGAAGUUCUCUCCUUCGAGUUUAUUGAGUGCGGUUAAGCUGCGGAAAGAUGGUCCGCUUUGUCUCAUGACAGAACAUAAGGAAGCAAUUUGGAGUACCUAUUCUGCAACAACUAAGCCAGAUACUUCUAUCUUAAAUAGGCUUAUAGAUGCUGGGGUGUCACCAAGAGUUGAGGAGUCAAUGUCUGUUGUGAACAAUGAAAUAUUACGGAGACAUUUCUUGGAGCUUACUAAUAACUUUUUGGCUCCUUUUAGCCCAUAUUUUAGGACUACAACACCAUCUGAAGGAUCUUCUCCUUAUGUAGAUCCUCCUUCUCUACCUCCAUUCAAUGCCGAUGAAUUUCUCACAAGUUUAUCAGCAAGAGGUCCAGGGAAGUUUAUAUUAAAGCGAAUGAGAUCUAACUGGCUUGACUUGUACAGGCGAUUCCUGAAUGGACCCAACUUUAUGCCAUGGUUUCAGAGAAGACGUGCUGUUGCUGAACAAGAACAAGAUAGAUUGUGGAGGCAAGCAAGAAUGAAAACUGACAUUCAACUGCUUAUUUCUAGACUGUCUGAGUUGGAAAUUGUGGAUUCAUUCAACAAGAUAGAGAGGCUUCUCCUCAGGGAAAUGCAGCUGCAGCAAUCUGGAAAAGAUGGCGUUGAUUCCUUGGCAACUUGUCAGAAAUUAAGAGGAGACCUUCAGGCCGUUUUCAAUGUACUUCCAAAGGAUAUGCAACAACUUAUGCUUUCAAAUCCAGAAAGGGCAUCCCUUCUUCAAGGGAGUCCAGAAUUGACAAAACUUCCUGGGCGUCCACUCAUACAAGUUGCGGUUGUAUCAGCUACUUCACCCAGGUAAUGGGAAAAACCGGAAACUUGUGGUUAUGGUUGUUUAUAGGAUCUUCUCGUGCUGCCGAAGGACAAAUUAAUGUUGGACUACUUCCAUCUGAUUGUUCUUAUUCAUGACAAGUCAUGUGAGCUGUGCAGUCACUGCAAUUUAUAUUGAUUAAUCAAUACACUUCAAGCUGCCUGCGUGAUGUAACUUCUCUCUUGGCAAAAGUGGAUGAAAAUUCCUUUUGAUGUUUAUACGUGUGAGGUUUUGUUAAUUGCCUUUGUUCUCAGAAAUUGAGGCUUCAUGUUGUUCCUAUUCCUAAAAGAUCAAAUUGUAAAUUAUUGAUUGUGUUAGCUUUCGGUAAUGGUGUCUUCCAGAUUUGUUUACAUUUCCAAAUGUUUCUCAACAUAUGCAACGUGUCGUCUGAGGCGCGAUUCAUAUACUUUGUAAUUUAUCUAGACUCAUUAAUACUUUGCAGAAGAAAUCGUAGAUAACAUACUUCAGUUAAAUUCUAUUACGACUCAAAAUUAUGUAUGU